AUGAUUAUGUGUUGGAUUCUACUCUCCUACUCCUAUGCUAAUAAUCAUUUUUAUAAAGGCCAUGAGUUAGUACGUGUAGUACCAAAAACAAAUGAACAUCUUCAAUUGAUUCGUUAUUUUGAAGAUAGUCUUGGAGUUGAUCGAUGGUCUGAAGUUCUUCAAUUAAACCGUGAUAUUAAAAUGAGUCUACCACAGGCACAAGCAUCGAAAAUAAAAAAGUUAUGUAAACAAUAUGGAAUUGAUGUCACCGUUCUUAAUAAUGACUUAGAUGGAUUAAUAAAAAAAUCCGACGAUAUUUCUAAACAACAUAAAAUACGAACACGACGAUCGACAAAAGAUAAAAAUUCAUAUCACCUUGCUGAUUAUUUAACAUAUGAACAGAUUGUUAGAUUUCUCGACGAACAACAUAAACGCUCUCCAUCGUUACAGAACUUCACAUCGAUCUUUUCUAUUGGUAAUACAUAUGAAAAUCGAUCGAUAUGGACGAUAAGAAUUGGUAAACCAUCUGCACGACGUAAUAUUUUAAUGGAUUGUGGAAUUCAUGCAAGAGAAUUUAUUUCGCCUUCCACCUGUCUUUAUAUGAUUGAUAAAUUUAUUGAUGAAGUGAACAAUAGAAGACCAUCGAUUUUAUCUAUAUUUAAUAUUUAUAUAAUUCCAUUGCUUAAUCCAGAUGGCUAUGAAUAUGCUCAAACACAAAGACGAAUGUGGCGUAAAAAUCGAGCACCUAACAAUUACUAUUAUGGUGCAUAUUCAAAUUGUAUUGGAGUUGACCUAAAUCGAAAUUUUGGAUAUCAUUGGAUGGAAAAUGGAGCAUCAGCAAAUCCUUGUUCUGAAACAUAUGCCGGACCUAAGCCAGAUAGUGAAUCAGAAACGCAGAACUUACAAAAAUUGAUUAGUCAAUCAUCUAGAAAUUGGGAUGCUUAUUUAACAUUCCAUUCUUAUGGGCAAUAUUGGAUCUAUCCAUGGGGAUUUGCUUCAUAUAUGCCUGAUGAUUAUAUUGAAUUAAAAAAUAAGGCUGAAAUUGGUUCCGAAGCAUUAAAACGUGUAAAUGGUACUUCGUACAAAAUUGGAUCAGCAGCUAAUUUACUUUAUGAAUCAGCUGGUGGUAGUGAUGACUGGGCUAAAGGUGUUGGUCAAAUAAAAUAUGUUUACACCGUUGAAUUACGUCCUUCAGACGAUUUAAAUGAUGCUCAUGCACAUUUUGCUUUUAUGCUUCCAUCAACAUUUAUCGAACCAGUUGGACAAGAAACAUAUGUUGGUGUUAAAGAAUUUCUUCGAUCACUCAUAACAUCUCGUAGACAAAAGUCUUUAUCGAAAAAUAAUUAUAAAAGUUAA